AUGGCCGAGGCAGCUGAAUGCAGCGAACGGACGAUAAAAAAUAUCCGCAAAAAUUUACGACUGUUCGGAAGCGUCCACGCCCCCCCCAACCGUAUCGGUCGGAGACGAAGCAUAACGCCACCGAUGUUGGAAGCGCUCUGCGAUCACCUGUUCGAAAAGCCUGGUCUCUAUCUUGACGAAAUGGCGGUCUUUCUCUGGGACGAAUUUCGUAUGCUAGUGACGAGCUCAAGUAUCAGGAGGGCCCUUGCGUUUAAGGGUUGGUCAAAAAAGACCACGCAAAGGAGGGCCAAGGAACAGAACGCAGAAUUACGAGAGAUUUAUCUUCAUAACCUCUCGGAAUUUGAGUCAUACCACCUAAUCUACGUUGAUGAGUCUGGAUGUGAUAAACGGAUCGGCUUCAGACGAACAGGCUGGUCACCUCUUGGUGUAGCCCCCGUACAGGUGUCACAGUUCCAUCGUGAUGACCGAGGCGCAUUUGGGGGCUGGCAGCAAGGCGCAGCGCACGAUUUCAUUCUCAUCCGUCGGCGCAAAUUCACAACCUCGAAUGUUUUUACAAGCUCUGCGAAGCAACAAAUCUCGCUCUCAUCUCCACCUCUCGAUAUCAACCUUUCACUCAUCGACAUCAUGGCUGAGCUGGUAGGAGUCGUGUCUAGCGCCAUUACAUUUGCGACCCUUGCAAUCCAAGUCGGCAAGUCUGUUCAGACACUUAAAGGCUACUGGGAUUCGAUGCGCGAUGCACCAGAUGAUGUCAGAUCGCUACUGAGAGAAGUCGAGAUCCUCGGCUUCAUAAUGGCUGACGUUGACGCCGACUUAUCACGAAGAUCUGUGUCGUUAGCACUGAUAGACAGCCAGCAUGUUUCACAAAGUUUGCGCUUCUGCAAAGUCGCUGCGGAAGACUUGGAGGCACUUUGCAAGGACUUAUUGCAUCACGUCGGCUCGUCAAGCUGUUUGCGCAGGUCCUACCGGGCCGCAAAGUUGGUGAUACGCGAAAGGAAGAUUGAGAAGCACGUCUCAAAGCUCCAUAACGUGGUUCGGCUACUUAUGUUAUCCCAGCAGUGUUAUACCAGAGCGCUCAUACAGGCUCAACCGAAUUUCAUCGCGGAGGAAAUAAGAAAUCUGGGGAUAGUUUCCUCACACGCAGAUGUUGCAGAACCUGUUUCAGCACCUCAUUGCAAGAACCUGGCUUCAACCGGGACGUUGGUGCGGAGUUCAAAAUUGGAAAAUGGACGGGUUAACCAUCGCAAAAGUCGUCUUUGGCUUCUCCGCGCCCCCUACUGGAUGACAUCUCGAGUAUUGGAAAUAACUAGCAUGAAAACUCCCUUCGGAUGGGACUGGAGUCUUCGAACAUACAAUGAGGUUCGCUGGAGUAGUGAACUUGAUUAUUAUUUCAGGCAAGGAACUUUAAAAGAUCUCCAGGACCUCUUUGCCUCAGGACAGCUCUCCCCACUCUUCCGAGAGCAGGGUAGCGGGCGGAGUUUACUCCAUUAUGCGAUCUGCGUUGAUAGAAAUGAACAAGUGGUUGAGUUCCUCCUGGGCCAGGGAGUGGACCCAUCUGUCGAAGGUGGAUUCUCCAAGUUGAAGACACCUCUGCGCCUCCUCUUAGAGAAUGGGAGACAUGCGGCAUCUGAUAAAGACUACCCGCUUUUACCAUUCCUACGCCCCCCUACUUCGACAUUCACACGACUUCAUAUAUGGAAAUGCCCAGGACGCAGCCGAAGGAAUAUUAUCCGAGUUCCAUGGCACCUCUGA